AUGAAACCCAAAACUAAUUUGUUAACUGAAUCUGCGUGGAAUCAGUUGCAACAAUAUUUUGACAGCAAUGGCUCAAAGAUUAACAUAUAUAAUAUGUUUCAAGAAGAUAACAAACGUUUCGAAAAAUUUACCUUGGAACUUGCUACUCCACAAGAUGGUCCAAUUUUGUUAGACUAUUCCAAGAAUAGGAUUAAUGAAGAAGUAUUUGUAUUAUUACUGGAUUUGGCUCGUGCACGGGGGAUAGAAGCUGCAAAAGAUGCUAUGUUUAGUGGUGAAAAAAUCAAUUUUACAGAAAACAGAGCAGUUUUGCAUAUUGCUUUGCGUAAUAGAAGUAAUAUGCCAAUAUUGGUAGAUGGAAAAGAUGUGAUGCCAGAUGUUAAUGCAGUAUUAGAACAUAUGAAGAGUUUCACAAAUGAGGUAUUGAUGAAACAAUGGAAAGGUUUUACUGGCAAACCUAUCGAGGAUGUUGUUAAUAUUGGAAUUGGUGGUUCUGAUUUGGGCCCUCUUAUGGUGACUGAAGCUUUAAAGGCAUAUAAUGUUGGACCCAGAGUUCACUUUGUCAGUAACAUAGAUGGUACUCAUAUAGCUGAGAUUCUCAAGAAAUUAAACCCAGAGACAACUCUGUUCAUAAUAGCUUCCAAGACGUUCACUACACAAGAAACUAUAACUAAUGCAACUUCUGCCAAGCUGUGGCUUUUGGAGGCAUUGAAAGAUGAAACUGCGGUGGCUCGUCAUUUCGUCGCAUUGUCUACUAAUUCGCAAAAAGUUAAGGAAUUUGGUAUCGAUGAGAAAAAUAUGUUUGGCUUCUGGGAUUGGGUUGGUGGGCGUUACUCAUUGUGGUCAGCUAUCGGUUUAUCGAUCUGUUUAUCAAUUGGUUUCGAUAAUUUUGAGAAACUUUUAAAUGGAGCUCAUUUUAUGGAUCAACAUUUCUGCACAGCACCAUUGGAGAAAAAUGCACCUGUUAUAUUAGCUUUGCUCGGUAUAUGGUAUCACAACUUUUACAAGGCUGAGACACAUGCGUUAUUACCAUAUGACCAAUAUCUACAUAGGUUUGCUGCUUACUUUCAACAGGGUGAUAUGGAAAGCAAUGGAAAAUAUGUUACUCGCGCCGGAAAGACUGUAAAUUAUUCCACUGGUCCGAUCGUAUGGGGCGAACCAGGCACUAAUGGUCAACAUGCGUUCUAUCAACUGUUACAUCAAGGUACGAGACUUGUACCAGCAGAUUUCAUAAUUCCUGUUCAGUCUCAAAAUCAGGUACAAGGUACUUUGCAUCACAAGAUUUUGCUAGCGAAUUUCUUCGCACAAACCGAAGCUUUAAUGAAAGGCAAAAACGAAAACGAAGCUCGAGCCGAGUUACAAAAAUCGGGAAUGAGCGCUGAGCAGGUGGAUUUACUAUUACCACAUAAGAUGUUUGAAGGAAACAGACCAACAAAUAGCAUUAUGGUGAAAAAAUUAACGCCUUUUAUUCUUGGUGCUUUGAUUGCAAUGUACGAACAUAAGAUCUUUGUACAAGGUAUGAUUUGGGAUAUCAAUUCAUAUGAUCAGUGGGGUGUGGAAUUGGGGAAACAGUUAGCCAAAGCUAUCGAACCGGAGUUGGAAAGCACAGAAACUGUAACAACUCACGAUUCAUCGACGAAUGGCUUAAUCGCGUUUGCUAAACGUCAUAGGACCUAAAAGCUUAUUUAGUGAUAUACUCUAAAGGAAACAUUUUUAAAAAAUGCAACUAAACAUGAGUACUUCGGUUGUAAGUUCUAUUAUUAUAUCAGAGUUUAUGUAUAUAUUUUAUAUAGUUUAUGGGAAAAAAUUGUGAUGAUCACAUAUAUAACUUGUAAUAUCUUUAAUCUCUUCAGAGAUAAAUUUAUUGAAGUCAAAAGAAAAACGAAUUUCAUUUUAGCUCGACAUGAAUAUAAUGUGAUUUUUCAAUCAUA